AUAGAGACAGGACAAGAGGAGGUAGUUGAGUUCCUUUUAUCUACUACAGAAAACGAACUCAAAGAAAGAGGUGUUGAUAUGUUUCUAUUAUCUGACUUGAAUCAAGAACCAGUGAAGCCGCUUUUGGACCUCAUGAUGCUUAACCCACACCUCUCCAUCACUCCAGAUGCUCAAAUCCUCUUCUCAAGUAGCAGCAGACCUGAGCUGAGUGAUAUUGUCUCUAAUACAGCAAAGUUUCAUAAGUUGAAGAAGUCACCUAGAUGGAGGAAGCUCUCACGCCUUGUACCGCAGUUUUCGAGAUUAGACAGUGAGGUACUCAUAGAGACACUGCAGCCAGACGAGGUUAAUCUUGAUGUAGCUCCUCCGAAAACUAUCCACCCAAAGCUGAGAGACAGAGAGAACGAUCUCUACAAAAGAAACCACCUCCACGCGUGUGAGAGCCUCAUCUCGUUGAUGCUAGGCAGUGAACAACACAGACAAACCACAAUGCUAUCUCUUAAGAAGAAAUCAUCAUGUGGAGACCUCUCUGAGCUUUUGACUCAGCUGUCAAUCGCCUUUGCUGGAACCGGCAUUGCCGUGUUCUUCUCUGUGGUCUGUACUGCUGCUUCCGGGAGAGUGCCCUUUUGUGCAAACAAGGUUUUCGAAGCUGGCCUUUGUUUAAGUUUGGUAUUGCUCUCCUGGGCGGUGAGUAGGCUCAGGGAAGCCAUAGUCGGUAUCAAUAGCAAAGUGAUCAAAGGCGAAGAAAUUACAAAUAGAAUUGAGAGUAGAAUCAAAGAUGUUUACUUGAGAGCUGCAACAGUUAUCAUUAUGGUAGCACUUAGGUUUCAUUGAAUGUUUUAAUUCUGAC